AUGGCAAUGCAUGGCACGAAGCUCAGAAUUGGUGUUCCAAGGAAUUGUGGGUUCAAGGAGUUGGUUUAUUGGGAUCGUAAACCUCAAACCAAUGAAACGAAUUUCAAUGGGUUCUGUAUAGAUGUAUUCAAAGCUGCCAUUGAAGCUUUGCCAUUUGAUGUACCUUAUGAAUUUAUUCCUUUCGGGGGAACUUACAAUGAUCUAAUAUAUCAGGUCUAUCUACAGAAUUACGAUGCUGCUGUGGGAGAUAUCACACCUACGGCCAAUAGAUCUCUGUUAAGUUUGGAGGAUUAA